AUGGACCCCCAGAUGGUGCUGUCCCGGGGAAGUCUGCUUGUGCUUUUCCUGAGCCUGUUGCUGCCAGGAGGUCGCCCCCACCCGCUGGGCAGCCCUGGCCAGGCUGCGGAGCUCGCUGGGAUACAGGAGCUGCUGGAUCUCCUGCAGGACGAGGGGUCAGAGCCACCAGCACAGCAGACGGCCCUGGAGCCGCUCCAGCAGGACCAAGGCCCCACAGAAGCCUCGGAGGCUGCGAAGGCUGCCCCCAAGGGUGUCCCUGGGCCCAGAGACAAAGUCCUCCAGGCUCUGCGGGGACUUCGCACCGCCAAGAUAAUGCGAGACUCGGGUUGCUUCGGACGGAAGUUGGACCGGAUCGGCUCCUACAGCCGCCUGGGCUGCAAUGGUGAGCCCCCACCUCGCCACCCCGCUGGCCAGCUGCACUCUCACCCACAUCCCUGUGCAGGCCACCGUUAG